AUGUCUGAAAAGUACGGCGAAGUUGAGAGGCUUUGGGCCGACCUGCAAAGUAACUGUACAGAUGAACUCUUUCAACAGCCCAGGGAUGUGGAGAUAACCAGUCAGGACGUUCUAUCGCGCAUCGAGAAAGUAAUCCUGGAAAUAAUAACUGACCUGUCCAAAGGCCAGGCGCCUUUGUUGGUCAUUCAGAACAGAUCGAGCUGGGCCAACAUCAGGUUUGAUGAUGCUGUCGGUCUUCAUAUGGGUUCAGGCAGCACUGUAAGCACCAUCAGAAGUGACAGCGCUUCAUCUGUUAACAGAUUUGCAUUAACUCUGAAGGUCCUAUCUGAAGUCUAUAAACUUGUGCAAAGCAACACGUAUGCUACUAAAAGGGACAUUUAUUACAACGACACACAGCUGUUUGGGUCUCAAAGGACUGUGGAUUCCAUUAUAGACGACAUUUCCUGUAUGCUCAAGGUCCCGCGCAGGAGCCUACAUGUGCUUGCCACGUCAAAGGGUUUACUCUCGGGCGAUCUUUCCUAUCUGGAGGAAGAUGGCACUCGGGUGAACUGCAGGUCUGAGUCCAAUGCUAUCUCUGUUUCAUCUAAUGUCUGUGGAAUAAGGAAUAUUGUGUCGUCCGCAAAGUUUGUUUUAAUCGUGGAAAAAGACGCAACAUUCCAGAGACUCCUAGAUGAUGGAUUUUGUAGCAGGCUGGGUCCAUGUAUCAUGAUUACAGGGAAGGGCUUCCCGGACGUCAACAGCAGGUUGAUGGUGAGGAAGUUGUGGGACACCAUGCACAUCCCCAUCUUCGCGUUGGUGGACGCGGACCCACAUGGCAUUGAAAUAAUGUGCAUCUACAAGUAUGGAUCAGUGUCCAUGUCCUUUGAGGCUCACAAUCUCACUGUCCCAAGCGUGAUGUGGCUUGGCCUUCUUCCAUCUGACAUUGAGAGACUGAAAGUACCAAAGGAGGCCCUGAUUCCAUUCAAAAAGAAGGACGAGAGCAAGCUAUCAAGUCUGCGGAAGCGGCCCUACAUUGCUUGCCAGCCUGCGUGGGAGAGGGAGAUGGUGAUACUGCAUGAGAGGAGACAGAAAGCUGAAAUCCAGUCCCUGACGUCCAUAGCCCCAAAUUUCCUCACUGAAGUGUACCUGCCUAACAAACUGCAUUAUGGAGGUUGGAUAUGA